GUGUGCACACAGCCAGCUGCUGGUGCUGUGGCCAGCCGGGCUUCUCCCUCACACAUACUCUCAUCUCUAUCCCGUAUCUCCAAAGACACCCCAGCUUUUUUUGACUAGUCUGUAGAUAAUAGCCACAUAGCUUGCCCAAUCAUACACAACUGCUCAUCGAAGUUACUAUCCGAGUUCGUCUCAAAGGCAUCGCCUUUCUUCCUGGCAGCAGAGAGAGAGAUGGCAUCCUCCUCGACCACGAAUACAUCAGAUGGUGGUGCAAAGUCAUCGUCUUGCCCGAGAGGACACUGGCGGCCCGGCGAGGACGAGAAGCUGAAGCAGCUCGUCGAGAAGUACGGGCCGCAGAACUGGAACUCCAUUGCAGAAAAGCUGGAGGGGAGAUCAGGCAAAAGCUGCCGGCUCCGGUGGUUCAACCAGCUUGACCCUCGGAUCAACAAGCGGCCCUUCACAGAGGAGGAAGAAGAGCGGCUGCUCAACGCCCACCGCGCCCACGGCAACAAGUGGGCGCUCAUCGCCCGCCACUUCCCGGGCCGCACGGACAACGCUGUCAAGAAUCACUGGCAUGUCGUCAUGGCACGUCGCAGCCGCGAGCGCUCCAGGCUCCUUGCCAGGGCCGCGAGCUCAUCCUCCUCGCCGUCCACCGGUGGGUACCUCUUCGGCGCUGUCACGCCGGCGACUAGCUCGCUCUGCUUCGGCUUCUCCAAGCUUGGUGGUGCCGGCAGCGCCAGCGGAAGCGGAGGCCUGUUCAGGUCGCCGGUGCCUGCACCUCCUACUUCACUGUUCAAGAACUUUGGCACAGCCACUGCAAGUAAGGGCUUGCUGGGGUCGAGUUUCGAGGCGUCAGGACGGUACAGCUACAGCGGCAAGCAGCCGACGGCACCUCUCUCCAUCACCUUCUCCUCUCCAAGAGAAGCGCUAGGCAUGGAUAUCGGCCACCAUGGCCGCCAUGAGCACCACCAAAAGGAUUAUCACGCCAGCGACAGCGCCGAUGAGCCACUGAAGAAGAAGGACGUGCCGUUCUUUGAUUUCCUCGGCGUCGGGCGAACUGCAUGCGGUAGUAGCUGACAAGUAUUCAGGGUUAGAGUUCAUCGUCAUUGAUGGUUACAGUGUUCUGAUCAUCAUGUGCUGAUUCAUCAGUCAAAUAAGGCUCCAGACACAUGGCUAUUUAAUAUUUAUUUAAAAGUUUUUUUACUAGCCUGCUGAAUUCGAUCUGGUGUGUUGUCUUUCUCAUGAUGCGCUAGCUGGUCAUCAGACUCUACUGUAUUUGACAUCAGUAUUCAGAUGGUCUGUACAAAACUAACGAUGCAUGCAUUGGUCCUGUCUAUUGCGAUCAGUCCGGUUUUAUGUUCUUGCCAAUAAAUGCAUCAUAUAGAUUGUA